UUGGUGGCUGGUGCAGUGGAGAUGCCAUUUCCAGUGUUGAACGAUAUGAUCCGCAGACCAAUGAAUGGAGAAUGGUGGCUUCAAUGAGCAAAAGGAGAUGCGGAGUUGGGGUCAGUGUUCUUGAUGAUCUGUUAUAUGCAGUAGGAGGCCAUGAUGGAUCCUCUUAUCUCAACAGUGUUGAAAGGUAUGACCCCAAAACAAACCAGUGGAGCAGUGAUGUGGCCCCUACAAGCACCUGCAGGACAAGUGUUGGUGUAGCAGUACUUGGAGGCUUUCUCUAUGCUGUGGGUGGCCAGGAUGGCGUGUCUUGCCUCAACAUUGUUGAGAG